UGUUGUCAAUAUCAUAUGUUGAAAGUUGACAUACGUUUUCAUGUCAUUGAGUUAGUGUUCAAAAUUGUUAUCUUUUGUAUACAAAUAAAUAGUUGCAGUUGGACAAAAACAUAUGUGAAGCAUUUUCUAUUCAAUUUUAAACAUCUCAAAAUGAUUCAUAGUUAGAAGAUAAUCCAAAAUUUGGAAAACUGGGCAAUGGCAGGUCGAAGAGCAACCUUUAUAGCUUCCAUGGAACCUUUACCAAAUAGCAAUGAUCCAUUACGAGAACUUUUUGAAGCUUGUAAGGUUGGAGAUAUUGGAAGAGUUCGAAAAUUAGUAAAUUCCCAAACUGUGAAUGCUAGAGAUACUGCUGGAAGAAAAUCAACACCAUUGCAUUUUGCGGCAGGUUACGGAAGGAGGGAUGUAGUGGAAUUUUUGCUUUCUGCUGGCGCAUCUAUACAAGCCAGGGAUGACGGAGGUUUGCAUCCAUUACAUAAUGCUUGUUCUUUUGGCCAUGCCGAUGUUGUUAGAUUGCUCCUUGAAGCUGGUGCCAACCCUAAUACACGUGACAACUGGAAUUACACUCCAUUACAUGAAGCUGCCAUCAAAGGAAAAGUAGAUGUCUGCCUAGCCCUUCUACAGCAUGGAGCAGAUAUAGAUAUCAGAAAUGCAGAAGUAAAAACUCCACUAGAAGUAGCUGAUAUUUCCACCAGGCCUGUUUUGACAGGUGAAUACAGAAAAGAUGAGUUACUUGAAGCAGCAAGGGCGGGAGCUGAAGAUAGAUUGUUAGCCCUUCUUAAUCCAUUGAAUGUCAAUUGUCAUGCAAGCGAUGGUCGUCGUUCAACUCCAUUGCAUUUAGCUGCUGGCUAUAACAGAACAAGGGUUGUGCAACUUCUGCUACAACACGGUGCCGAUGUACAUGCAAAGGAUAAGGGAGGUUUGGUUCCACUUCACAAUGCUUGUUCGUACGGACAUUUUGAAGUGACAGAAAUGUUGAUAAAACAUGGAGCGAAUGUUAAUGCUAAUGAUUUGUGGGCCUUCACUCCCCUUCAUGAAGCUGCUUCUAAAUCCAGAGUGGAAGUUUGUUCUUUACUACUCAGUGAAGGGGCAGAUCCCACCCAGUUGAAUUGUCACUCCAAGUCUGCUAUCGAUGUGGCUCCAACUAGAGAAUUGCAAGAGAGAUUGGCAUAUGAAUACAAAGGACAUUCCCUUUUGGAAGCUUGUAGGCAGGCAGAUGUUGCCAAAGUAAAAAAAUACCUAACUCCAGAGACAAUCUUAUUUAAACACCCUUAUACUGGCGAUACACCCGUACACGCAGUGGUGUCAUCCUUAUAUCCCAAAAGGAAACAAGUGCUGGAGUUAUUAAUCCGUAAAGGAGCUCAGCUCAAUGAGAAGAAUAAGGAUUUCCUCACCCCGCUCCAUAUUGCUGCUGACAAUUCCUACUAUGAACUGAUAGAUCUCAUACUCAGAAACGGUGGUAAAGUGAAUGCUUUGGACAGAUCGGGUCAAACGGCUCUUCACAGAUGUGCAAAAGACGGAAACGUACAAGUGUGUAGAAUAUUGCUCUCUUACAAUGUAGAUACCACUGUUGUCUCUCUGCAAGGAUAUACAGCUGCGCAGAUGGCUUCAGAAGACGUACAAAAAAUCUUUCAAGAUCCUCCUGGGAGUGCUGAUGUCGAGUGUCAACUUUUAGAAGCUGCCAAAUCUGGAAACCUAGAACUAGUGCAACAAUUACUUACUUCCUUUCCUCAUAUAGUUAAUUGCCGUGAUCUCGAUGGUCGACAUUCUACCCCACUGCACUUUGCGUCAGGUUAUAAUAGGGUUGCAGUAGUUGAAUACCUUCUUGAACAGGGCGCUGAUGUUCACGCUAAGGAUAAAGGGGGUCUGGUACCAUUACACAAUGCUUGUUCUUAUGGUCAUUACGAAGUUACCGAACUGUUGGUAAAGCAUGGAGCCAGUGUCAAUGUUGCCGAUUUAUGGAAAUUUACACCACUUCAUGAAGCUGCCGCUAAAGGAAAAUAUGAAAUUGUGAAACUGUUGCUCAAGCAUGGCGCCGAUCCUAAUAAAAAGAAUAGAGAUAAUGCAACGCCCCUUGAUCUAGUUAAGGAAGGAGAUCAAGACGUUGCAGACUUACUGAAAGGAAACGCUGCUCUCCUAGAUGCUGCCAAAAGAGGAAAUCUUGCAAGGGUGCAGAGGUUGGUCAGUCCUGAAAAUAUAAAUUGUAGGGAUGCACAAGGAAGAAAUUCAACACCACUCCAUCUAGCAGCUGGUUAUAACAAUGUCGAAGUGGCGGAAUAUCUUUUGGAACACGGUGCUGAUGUGAACGCUCAAGAUAAAGGUGGAUUGAUUCCUCUCCAUAACGCCUCCAGUUAUGGUCAUUUAGACAUAGCCGCUCUCCUCAUAAAACACGAUACUGUUGUGAAUGCUACCGAUAAGUGGGGUUUCACACCUUUGCAUGAAGCUGCUCAGAAAGGAAGAACACAGCUUUGUGCUCUACUGUUAGCGCAUGGUGCAGAUCCAUUCCUCAGGAAUCAGGAGGGUCAAACUCCAGUAGAACUAGCAUCAGCUGAUGAUGUCAGAAGUCUACUACAAGAUGCAAUGACAUCGCAGAAUGUGCCAACUACAUCGGCGUCUGCAGCUUUAGGAUUUAUGUCAAGUUCAGUAUCUUCCAUAGCACAAUCUGUCAGCAUGGAAACAGUUAUAAUGCCUUCAGGAGCAACAGUGCAACUUUCGACUCCUGUUGGAAGUCGAGGUAGCGUAGCAAUUGCAGAAGGUUGUUGUUCGGCUUUGAAACUUGAAGGUACCUCAUCGGAUAUUGUCAAUGUCACAGACAUCAGGAGUUUUCUUCAAGCCCUCAAUCUUGUACAGUUGUUAGAUAUUUUCGAGAGAGAACAGAUAACCUUAGAUAUUCUACCUGAGAUGAAGCAUGAAGAUUUCAAACAAAUAGGUAUUUCAGCCUUCGGUUUCCGACAUAAAUUGAUCAAGGGUACAGAAAAACUCAUAGCCAACUACGAUGGAAAGUGGACGUCCAAUAAUCCUGGAACUCUCUUAGUCGAUUUGUCAUCAGACGAAGCAGAAUAUAUUACAGUUGAAAACGAAAUGCAGAACAGUAUAGGUCAGCACAGGGAUAACGGACAAGCUGGAGGUGUAUUCUCUAAAUAUAGAAUCGUCAGGAUACAAAAAGUACAAAACAAGAAACUAUGGGAACGGUAUGUACAUAGAAGACAAGAAGUGGCCGAAGAAAAUAGCGAACAAGCCAACGAAAGAAUGCUGUUUCAUGGAUCCCCAUUCAUCAACGCAAUAGUCCAAAAAGGUUUUGAUGAGAGGCAUGCCUACAUAGGAGGCAUGUUUGGCGCAGGGAUUUACUUUGCUGAACAUUCGUCGAAAAGCAACCAAUACGUUUAUGGUGUAUUAGGCAGUACAGGUUGUCCCAUGCAUAAAGACCGGUCUUGUUAUAUUUGUCAUAGGAAUUUAUUGUUGUGUCGUGUGACAUUGGGAAAGUCCUUCUUACAAAUAAGUGCAAUGAAAAUGGCCCACGCACCUCCUGGACACCAUUCAGUAGCAGGUCGCCCUUCCACUGGCGGAUUGAACUUUCCAGAAUAUGUUGUUUAUAGAGGAGAGCAAGCGUAUCCGGAGUAUUUCAUCACUUAUCAGAUUGUUAAACCUGAGGCCAACGCCGCAGAAUCGGAAAUCAGGUGAUUCAAUCUUCAGCGUUGGUCAGUUACGCACAGACAUCCGUCGUAUAAGGAUUUUCUUUGUUUCAUUUUCUGUGAUGCGUUCAACUUUUUAGUACCGACGAAAAAAAAGUGCAGCUGUCAUGAAUCGACUAGUUAGGGUGAUUAAAAUAUAAUUAUUUGUCAACAAGAGAGAUUCGUUUAUUAAAGUUUUUACAAUUAUUGCA